AUGGCACAUGGUUCUCUGGUGGAUCAGACCAGAGACAUCAUGAGGAGGACUUGCCGGGAACUGCCCAAGGGCCAGCGACCAGUAGCCGAACACGCCCUCGAGUUCCGCAUCCUCGCCGCACAAACCGGAUGGAACGAGAGGGCACUACAGGGAACUUUCCUAAAUGCGUUAUCGGAUCCGUUAAAGGACCAGAUCGCCGCUAGGGAUGAGCCGUCCAACUUUGACGCUCUCAUUAAUCUGGCCAUUUCUAUCGAUGAGCGUUUCCGCGAGCGGCAGCGGGAACGGGACUACAACUCCCAACCUAGUCGUCUGUUCAACCUCUCCGGUCCAGAGAGAGACUCCAUGAAGGAGUACAUUGAGGAGUCACUUGACUCCGAUGGUCCUGAACUCGAGGAACAUAUCGUCCCCUCAACGUGCAUCGUGGGAGCUCUCACAUGGCCCAUUGAGCAGGAGGUCCGCGAUGCCCACAAGGAGGAGCCCGACCCUGGCCUGGGACCCCCCGGAACCCUGUUCGUCCCCUCUGUCAUGAGGGCUAAGGUGAAGCCGGUCUCCGAGAGUCCUCUGUGCCCGCCUACCGACCUCCCUCCACCCGCCCGACUGAUCGACAACCAUCCCGCCUUCACGGUUCGCACCAUUUUGGACGGUCCUAUUCUGGUCUACCUGUGCCAUUCUUUUAAGGUCUUUCUGGCGAUGAUGAGUUCUCAGCAGAUGCAGCGGCUUCUGACACCCAACCAGCUGCAGGUCCUGAUUCAACAGAAGCAACAGGCUCUUCUGCUCCAGCAGGAAAAUCUUAAAGAGUUUUCCAAGCAACAGCAACAACAGAGUCAUCUACUCCAGCAGCAGAGCAGCAAGAAGGUCAAACAGCUUCCUGUACAGCAGCUUCUGCAGUUCCAGCAGCAGCAGUUGUUCCGCUCACAAAAACCACCGGUGACUGCGCACAGCCGGUCCACAGCCUGUCUCAAUCCUGCAGAGAUUCAGCAGAUAUGGAAAGAACUGAAAUCUGGAAGAACUGAAGAUAAAACUAUUCUCAAAAGUAACCAGGACUCUUGUGAUCAGAAAAUAUUAUCAGAAGGAGUCAAAGCGACUGUGACCAAUGACCAGGUGUCUCCUCACAGGACAGAGUGCUCUACUAACAGAGGUCCAGCUGCUGCACACCUCUUUGCUCAUGGAAUGUGUAACUGGCCUGGUUGUGAGUCAGUCUGUGAAAACUUCAGCCAGUUCAUCAAUCAUCUGAGCAGUGAACACUCCCUGGAUGACAAAAGCGUGGCCCAGUUCAGAGUCCAGAUUCAGGUGGUCCAGCAGCUCGAGCUGCAGCUCUGCAAAGAGCAGAAAUGUCUGCAAGCGAUGAUGGCUCACCUGUAUCUGCCUUCUUUAGAGCUUCAGUUGCCAAAAUGUGAUCCAGCUGCUGAUCCUCAAAGCCCACAGGUGGUAACACUCACCAACAUGCUGCACUCACUGAGACCCAUCGCCCAACCAAAGGACAGUAUAGGCUUUCCAUCCCAGAGGUGUGAAGAAGAAUCGUCUACUCACAUGUCACAAGCCGGGUCCAUGAGGUGCUGUGAUCACCCUUUGGUCUUUUCUCAAACUUCAGAACAUGAAUAUGAGCUUUAUAUGAGUACUGAUAUCAGGCCACCUUUCACCUACGCAACACUGAUUCGACAGGCCAUCAUGGAGGCAUCAGACAUGCAGCUAACACUCAGUGAGAUCUACAACUGGUUCACAAAGACGUUUGCUUAUUUCAGACGUAAUGCUGCCACUUGGAAGAACGCUGUUCGCCACAACCUGAGCCUGCAUAAAUGUUUUGUACGUGUGGAGAAUGUGAAAGGGGCUGUGUGGAUGGUGGACGAGGAGGAAUACCAAAGGAGGAGAUCCCAGAGGAUCACUGGAAGUCCAUCACUAAGGAAACAUGUGUCUUCCAAUCUUGCCUUGGGGACAACAAUGCAGUCCACCUUACAGGCAGAGGCAUCCCUGCCAGGGUUCAAGAAGGAGAGAAGAAAGUUCAGGAGCCAGCUACUUGACAACAAACCAGCAGAGUUCAGUGUCCACAGGAAGCAAACAUCUGACCCUCAAGCUCAGCAGAAACUUUACUUUGAAAGAGGAGCGAUCGAAGCAAAUGAGUGAGAAUGUCUGCUGAAGACAGUAAAUCCCAUCAGUCUGCAACAGGAUUGGACAUGA